AUGCUCACAUUGAAUUCGCCUCAUCUAGUCGUUCAAGUCCGCGAGGUCCGCAUCGAGAUGGAGAGACUCAGAUACUGCUCUUGCAAAGUUUCAAACGGCGUUUCCUGGAAGAUGUAUUUGACGUACAUUGAACAAGUGUUCGACACUAUUGACCGCUUUCCUUCCAUAACUGCCGUCAAGCGCGGCUUUAUUCCAAAUCACAACCUGUGCGAAAACCAACCCUACAACUUUUCCAAUACGCCGUUGAGCGUUUGCAUUGUCUCCGACGACAUCUUGACUAACCUGUUUCGAAAACUCCAUUCGACGAGAUCAAUACAACGUCUACAAAUUGAAAACAUCGGUCCUUUCACCCAUCCCGGCCUUCAAGCAUCCGAGUUCCGGGCGAGCGCUGGGAACAAUCGUAGCCAGGCUUUGCGCAAUCUGAAAGAUCUUCGGCUGCACGUGGCAUACGACAAGUCACUAAACAAUAAGACGAAAACGAACAAUCUAGUUGCGACUCUCGCGGAGCUCCCAUCGCUUUGGCUGAGGCCCGCAGCCGCCAGCCUCUGUCAUCUUACCUUGGGGUGUCACGAGGUCCUUUUCGGCUAUUAUCCAAAGCUUGAUCUCAAAGGAGUCCACUUUCCCUGCCUGAAGACCCUCGCCCUGCGGAAUUUCGCCUUUUCACACGAAUGGCAAUUAGAAUGGCUGACCUCGCACUCUGAUACACUCCGCGAGGCCUAUCUUGGUAACUGCGCGGUGCUCGUUGCCAAUGAUACCAACAUGUCUAUGGAUGCCGACUCAUACCCAAUCCACGGAACUCUGCAUUUUAUCCACGGCAUAUAUACUUACGGAUCAACAGUACAGUACCCUCUACGAUGGGAUGCUAUUUUCGACGUUUGUAAGCGGCUCCCUCAUCUCCGCCAGUUUGGCUGUGGCGCUAUUUCUCCGGGGAAGCAUUGGGAGCGUCACCUCCAGCCUCCAACUACUUAG